AUGGUGAAGAAGAGACGCGGUCCCUCCUUGGACGAGCUUUUGUCUCGACCAUGGUGCUACUACUGUGAGCGCGAUUUCGAUGACUUGAAGAUUCUGACCCUACAUCAAAAAGCCAAGCACUUUAAAUGUGAGAGAUGUGGACGUAGAUUGAAUACUGCCGGAGGAUUGUCGGUGCACAUGAGCCAAGUCCACAAGGAACAACUCACGGAAAUUGAAAAUGCAUUGCCCAACCGGGUAGGUCUUGAUGUCGAAAUCUUCGGCAUGGAGGGAAUUCCAGAGGAUGUCCUCCAAGCGCACCACCAGCGUGUGGCCACUCAGUUCCAGCAGGCUGAGACCGAGAGGCAAGCUGCUACAGGUAAUCCCCCUUCGGGAGCCAGUACAGGCGGACAACCAGCAGCCAAGAAACCGAAGCUUGAAGCUUCAUCGGACCUGAAGAAGCGAUUGGCUGAACACCGGGCAAAGCGCGCCGAGGGAGCUGCUGGUGGUAGCAGUGGAGAAGCAACGCCUGUGGGCGCAGGACAGACUCCAGGACAGACACCGCCUGUAUCAACGCCUACGCCUACGCCGGGCCCAUAUGAACAAUCUUCCACCGCUUCUACUCCUGCAACUAUACCGACUAUACCUGUUCCCACGCCUGCACAGCAGUACUCUUAUCCUCAACCAUAUGGAGGCGUCCCAGCGGCGGCACCACAACUACCUUAUCAGCAGCCCGUCAAUCUAGGUUAUCCACCAUUCUCGCCAGCAGCCGCACAGCCAGUCCCCGGUGUUCCAGUUCCAGCUUAUCCUCCUACUGGAUUUCCACCUCAACCAUUUCCUGGCCAACCUGGCUACGGGGCUCCUUCUCCAUACACCCCACAACAACAGCACACACCCACCGAAUCCAUCACCCCCCGCUCCGGCAGCUUACCAGCCCCAUCCGGUCUACCACAACGCCCAUCUUUCGGCGCACCUUCAGUCAAUGCACAGCAAAUGCAACAGAUGCACAUGGGUCAUCUACCCCCACACCCAACAGCCGUACCUGGCUAUUCCAAUGGAGAAACAGCACAAGUUCCCCCACCUGCUACUGAUACUCAAUCGGGCGCGGUAAAGGAGGCAGAAAAGCCGACUGACGGAACGGAGAAACCUAGUAAGAAGGAGAGAUCCAAACCAACCCGUAUGAUUUACUCGGACGAGACGACUAGCCCCGAAGAAAAAAUGGCUCGACUCCCUCGAUACGCAUUCUCGCGCGAUCGAUUUCCGGCGGAAACGACACUGGGUGAACUACAAGGUUCAGCGGUGACGGGAACGAUUCGAGACCAGGACACGGUGGUCGACCCUGCGCAUUGA